CUUCUUCGGAUAAAAGUCUCCCAUUCCCUUCCUCAUUUCAAUCAAUCCUCUUAAAUAUCUUUCCCAAUUUAUCUCUUUCAUUUCUCUUUGUUCUUUUGUUUUUCUUUUGCUUCUGCUUCAUUUCCCUUUUUCAUUUUUGCUCGGGGGACCUUCAAUGGCGCCGGGCCUCAGAGACCUCCAGCUGGCCCAUGUCGCCGCCGAUGACCGUCGCCUACCGGCUAUUUCUGCGGCUGAUGACAUCCCCGAAGAUCUUGAGGAUGUUCGUUUGCUUGAUUCGUACGAGAGGCAGGAAGAGAAUUUGGGUCAAAUUCGGGAUGGUAUGAACAGGGUUCAGGUCACAGUUUCUGGGAUGACUUGCGCUGCUUGUUCUAAUUCCGUGGAGGCUGCUCUCAGGGGCGUUAAUGGCGUUUUGAUGGCUUCCGUUGCAUUGCUUCAGAACAGAGCUGACGUGGUGUUUGAUCCCAGCUUGGUUAAGGAGGAGGACAUCAAGGAAGCAAUCGAAGAUGCUGGAUUUGAGGCUGAGAUUAUACCUGAAACCACUUCAGUUGGAAAGAAGUCGCAUGGAACACUGGUGGGUCAAUUUACCAUAGGUGGUAUGACAUGUGCAGCAUGUGUGAAUUCGGUAGAAGGCAUAUUAAAAGAUCUUCCCGGUGUUAGAAGAGCAGUAGUUGCUUUGGCCACAUCGUUGGGAGAAGUUGAAUAUGAUCCAACAAUAACCAGUAAAGACGAUAUAGUUAACGCAAUUGAGGAUGCUGGAUUUGAAGCUUCAUUUGUACAGAGCAGUGAGCAAGAUAAAAUUUUACUCACGGUUGCAGGCAUUGCUGGUGAGGUUGAUGUACAGUUUUUGGAAGCCAUACUUAGUAACUUGAAAGGGGUGAAACGGUUUCUUUUUGACAGUACAUCAGGAAGACUUGAAAUUGUUUUUGACCCAGAAGUUGUUGGUCCCAGAUCCUUAGUGGAUGAGAUUGAGGGAAGAAGCAACAGGAAAUUUAAACUGCAUGUUACAAGCCCUUACACAAGGUUAACAUCUAAAGAUGUUGAAGAGGCUAACAACAUGUUUCGGCUUUUUAUCUCCAGUCUGUUUCUCAGUGUACUCAUCUUUCUCCAAAGAGUAAUAUGUCCUCACAUUCCUUUAAUCUACUCAUUGUUACUCUGGCGCUGUGGGCCCUUCCUCAUGGAUGAUUGGUUAAAGUGGGCAUUGGUGACUGUUGUGCAAUUUGUCAUUGGAAAGCGCUUUUAUGUUGCAGCUGCUAGAGCCCUUCGAAAUGGUUCAACUAACAUGGAUGUCUUGGUUGCUUUGGGUACUACGGCCUCUUACGUCUAUUCUGUUUGUGCACUACUCUAUGGUGCAGUCACUGGAUUCUGGUCUCCGACGUAUUUUGAAACAAGUGCUAUGUUGAUAACUUUUGUAUUAUUGGGAAAGUAUUUGGAGUGUCUUGCCAAGGGGAAAACAUCAGAUGCCAUCAAGAAGUUGGUAGAACUUGCUCCUGCAACUGCUUUACUGCUUAUCCGAGAUAAAGGUGGGAAUCUUAUAGAAGAAAGGGAGAUCGAUGCUCUGUUAAUUCAACCUGGAGAUGUGUUGAAGGUUCUUCCUGGUACAAAAAUUCCAGCGGAUGGUGUUGUUGUUUGGGGUUCAAGUUAUGUUAAUGAGAGUAUGGUUACUGGAGAAUCUAUACCUGUAUUGAAGGAGGUUAGCUUGAACGUUAUUGGUGGUACAAUUAAUUUUCAUGGAGCCCUUCACAUUCGAGCAACAAAAGUAGGGUCUGAUGCAGUUUUGAACCAGAUUAUCAGUUUGGUUGAGACAGCUCAGAUGUCUAAAGCCCCCAUUCAGAAAUUUGCUGACUUUGUUGCAAGCAUAUUUGUUCCAACCGUCGUUGCUAUGGCAUUAUGUACCUUAUUUGGUUGGUACGUUGGAGGAAUCCUUGGGGCUUAUCCUGCUGAAUGGCUCCCAGAAAAUGGAAAUUACUUUGUAUUUUCCCUCAUGUUCGCAAUAGCAGUGGUAGUUAUUGCAUGUCCUUGUGCACUAGGCUUGGCCACACCUACUGCUGUCAUGGUUGCUACAGGGGUUGGCGCCAGCAAUGGUGUCUUGAUCAAAGGAGGAGAUGCUUUGGAGAGGGCCCAAAAGGUUAAGUACGUGAUUUUUGAUAAAACAGGCACACUAACCCAAGGGAAAGCGACCGUUACUACGGCCAAAAUUUUCACAGAAAUUUCUCGAGGAGAUUUUCUUAAGUUGGUUGCUUCAGCAGAGGCUAGCAGUGAACACCCACUGGGAAAAGCUAUAGUUGAGUAUGCACGUCAUUUCCAUUUCUUUGAUGAGCCUUCUGCCACCAAAAAUGUGGAAAAUCAAAGUAAAGAGUCUUCUGGAUGGCUUUUUGAUGUCACAGAUUUCUCUGCAUUGCCAGGCCAAGGCAUUCAGUGCACUAUUGAGGGAAAAAGGAUUCUGGUUGGCAACAGGAAGUUGAUGAAUGAAAGAGGAAUAUCCAUAGCACCUCAUGUAGAUAAUUUCGUUAUAGAACUUGAAGAAAGUGCAAAGACAGGCAUUCUUGUUGCAUGUGAUGACAACUUAAUUGGAGUUGUGGGAAUUGCAGAUCCACUGAAGCGAGAAGCUGCAGUUGUUGUUGAGGGUCUUGUAAAAAUGGGAGUAUCUCCAGUCAUGGUUACAGGGGAUAAUUGGAGAACAGCUCGAGCUGUCGCCAAAGAGCUUGGUAUACAAGAUGUGAGGGCAGAAGUAAUGCCAGCAGGAAAAGCCGAAGUCAUCCAAAACUUCCAAAAGGAUGGAAGCACAGUUGCAAUGGUAGGCGAUGGUAUCAAUGACUCGCCAGCUCUAGCUGCUUCUGACAUUGGAAUCGCAAUUGGUGCUGGAACUGAUAUUGCCAUUGAGGCAGCCGACUUCGUCUUGAUGAGAAAUAAUUUAGAAGAUGUAAUUACAGCCAUCGAUCUCUCAAGGAAGACUUUCAAUCGAAUUCGAUUGAAUUACGUGUUUGCAAUGGCCUACAAUGUAAUAGCAAUUCCUAUUGCUGCCGGAGUCUUCUUUCCUUCUUUGGGGGUUAAAUUGCCUCCAUGGGCAGCCGGUGCGUGCAUGGCUUUGUCAUCUGUAAGUGUUGUUUGCUCAUCUCUACUUCUUAGAAGAUAUAAAAGACCAAGACUUACAACAAUACUCGAAAUAACUGUAGAAUAGGGAAAUAUCUUCAGUUUUAUAAUGUAAAAGGAAAAUUGGAGGUAGAGAAAAAAACACUCAAGCUUUAGCUCUUUAGGGGAGGAGUGUGAUAAAAAGAAAAGCCAUUGUGUCCCAUUUUUUGUGUUGAGAUUAGCAUACCAAUCCCCUUGUAAAUUGCACAUGUAUGAUAAUUUGUUUAUGCCCUUCUCAUUGUCUUUUUUCCAAGUAAAGUGAUCUAUAGUUGUUGGGGUUCAUCCUACUCACACACAGCUCAAUUGUAAGACGUUUCUCUGAUUUUAUUGAUUUUUCUUUUGACUUUUGAACACUUU